AUGUCAGACUAUGUCCCAAAGAAGGAAAAUUAUUUUCAAUAUGAUCUACCUGACGAGACUAUGAUAUACAUCUUUAAAUAUGUUAAGCAUCCUCUUAAUUUGAUAAUAAGUUGUAAACGAUGGUCUUUAAUAAGUAAAGAUUCGCAAGCAAGAGCUGAAUGGAUUAUUUUUCAAUAUGGAAGAGCCCAUUGUCUUUUUUAUGCAAUAAAAUUGGGUCCUACUUUCAUUUCUGUCGCAGUUUCUCGAACUAUUAUUACUAAAGGCGGUAUUCUCUCUAGAUAUUUUAUCCAGAAACUUUUUAUACAUUACGGUAAAUACGACCUGAAACUAAUCGAAUUAAAGAUCUCUCAUAAUAUAGGACAAACAAAUAUAGAUAGAAUUCAACAAAAAAAUUCUACGCCCUGGGCUAGUGAUUUACCAAUUCAUGUUUAUAUAUUUUUAAUGACAGAAGCAUCUAAAAUAUUUAAAGAUCAAUUAUAUAUUAAAGGGAACGAUUUAGAACUUUUUCAUUAUCUUUCAGGAGGCCCUCAUACUAUUAAUUACGCACCAAUAGUUUUAAAAAAGAAUGAAGAAGAGAUCAAAAAUCUAAUAUUAAACAUGAAAUUUAUACCAUUUCCACCAAGAAAAUCUGAUAAUUCACAAACUAAUUUACCAGAAGAAUAUCCACCAAAAGAUGGUCAUGAAAACAAUAAACAACUUAACCUAAUUGCAAGAUCUAUUUUAAUUUAUAAAGAUCUAAUAUAUUUAUGGAAAGAAAUUGGUUAUUAUGAAGUCUGUGAUGAUGUUAAUAAUCUUAUAAUGCAAGGAGCACUUUUAAUUCUUUUUCCACCAUCUCAACCUCUUGGUUGUACUAAACCUGAUGUUAAUGCUGUCAAGACGCGAUUUAUUGAAUUAAUAAAUUUGGGAUUUCAAUUAAAUUAUA